AUGUCAAAUAAUACAGAGGAAUCCCGAUCAGCAGAACACCAUAAAAAUAAAGGAAACAAUUUUUUUAAAAGAAAUGAUUAUGAUAAUGCGAUAAGAGAAUAUACAGCAGCUAUUAAACAAAAUCCAAGGAAUCCUGUAUAUUAUACUAAUCGUGCACUUUGCUACCUUAAAUUGAAAAAGUAUGAUAAUGUAAUAUUAGAUUGCGAAACCGCUCUCGAAAAAGAUGCCAAUUCAGUCAAAGGACAUUACAUGUUAGGUCAAGCUUUAACAGAAAAAAAAGAUUUUGAAUUAGCUAUUGUACACCUACGGAAAGCUUAUCAACUAGCAAUUGAGGGUAAAGUGGGAGGUUUUUUAAGCGAAAUCCUUCAAGUUCUAUUGAAUGCUAGAAAAAGAAGAUGGGAACAACAGGAGAAAGAACGUAUACAAAAAGAAUCUGAAUUAUUAAAAUACCUAAAAACUUUGAUUAUCUCUGAUAGGGAUAGACAACUACAGAAAGCUACACCGAAAAAUAUUUCUACCUUUUCAAAAUUUGUUGGAAAUUAUUCACAAGAUGUCCAAGAUAAAUUGGAUCAUAUAUAUAAAUCGUAUGAUGAGAAACUUUCUCAAAUAGAACAAGUGUUUGCACAAUCUGACGAAAAUCUUAGACCGAGACAAGUUCCUGAUUAUUUUCUGGAUAAAAUAUCGUUUAAUAUUAUGCAUGAUCCGGUGGUCACUUCCUCAGGAAUUACUUAUGAAAGGGCACAUUUAAAAGAACAUUUUAAAAAAAUAGGAUAUUUUGAUCCUCUUUCAAGAGAACAUUGCACUGAAGAUAAAUUGUAUCCAAAUUUAGCAUUAAAAGAAGCAAUAGAAGAUUUCUUAAAUAAAAAUGGUUGGGCUGCUGAUUAUUAA